CUGUAAGGCCGGCUAAGAAGCGGUUUGCCUGGCGGUUUACUCCACCUGAAAACCACUUUCCCGCUCAAUAAACCACGUAGUAUUAGAUAGACAUAAAUCUAGGUUUUUCCGCCCGAUUAGCCAUAUACUAGGCUUGGGAAAGAAGUCGAAUUAUACUCUCUCCCGGAAAACCACGCUUCAAGCCGAAACCUCUCUUUAUUCAGCUUUUCCAUUCUCUGUCUCGACAGGAACAACCGACACGUCUCUGUAGACGUUUCUCUCUGUUUUUUCUGCUUUCUAUUAUCUGUUGUCUUCAUGUGAUCUCGAAGCCGAGCGGGUAACUGUCUUACUCUUCUACAUUUUUCAUAUGCAUAGAUUAUGAGGAGAGUAUCGUGGUGACAGCUGUUGGCGGAUGGAGUUUCCGAACCAUAUUUCGGAACAAAUGGCGCUGGAGCAUUUCUCGGGCCAUGACUUGGCCGAUAACACUUCGGUUUUGCUAGGUCAAUCUUCGCCGGACGGGGCUGAUGGCAAGCGGGCGGAGCACCACCGCGAGUCGCCGCAGCAACCAGCUCAAGUCGGCGCCGGGCCGACGUGGCUGAGCAGCGCGAUUCUGCAGCAGCAGAACCAAUACGGGCACGGGGAGUUUCUCAAUUUGCAAAUGAAUUCCGAGUCGGCGAGGUCGCAGCUGGAAUCGAAUCAGUGGCUUUCGAGAUCGAUUCUCGAGCGAAGCAUCAGAGGCAUGAGGGACGAGGUGCAGGUCUCGGCCGAUUCGAUCAUCGCCGCGGGGUUAUCGCACGAAUCGGCUGAUUUGAACAACAAUAACAGGAAUAUUGGGAGCAAUCAAGUGGAGAACAGUGGCGGAGGAGAUGGAGAGUUCACGGAGAGCGAUGGAAUGAUGAAUUGGCAGAAUGCAAGCCUCAAAACCGAGAUUUUGUCUCAUCCGCUCUACGAGCAGUUGUUAUCGGCUCAUGUCGCGUGCCUACGUAUCUCAACGCCGGUUGAUCAGUUAGAGAGGAUCGACGCGCAGCUGGCUCGAGCGCAACAGGUGUUAGCCAAGUACUCGUCUUCGGGACAUGGUAAUAUUGACGAUAAGGAGCUUGAUCAGUUCAUGACACAUUAUGUGCUGUUGCUCUGUUCUUUUAAAGACCAAUUGCAACAGCAUGUUCGUGUACAUGCAAUGGAAGCAGUAAUGGCUUGCUGGGAGAUUGAGCAAUCUCUACAGAGCUUAACAGGUGUUCUGCCUGGAGAAGGCACGGGAGGGACAAUGUCUGAUGAGGAUGACGAUCAAGCAGACAGUGACACAAACUUGUUUGAUGGAAGUUUGGAGUGUGCUGACACCAUGGGAUUUGGUCCUCUCGUCCCAACAGAGAGUGAAAGAUCCUUGAUGGAACGCGUAAGGCAUGAGCUGAAGCAUGAACUGAAACAGGGUUACAAGGAGAAAAUUGUGGACAUCAGGGAAGAAAUUUUGCGCAAGAGAAGGGCAGGAAAACUCCCUGGUGAUACAACCUCUGUCUUAAAGGCUUGGUGGCAAUCGCAUUCUAAGUGGCCAUACCCAACAGAGGAAGAUAAGGCGAAAUUGGUGCAGGAAACAGGAUUGCAGUUGAAGCAGAUAAAUAACUGGUUUAUUAACCAGAGAAAGAGGAACUGGCACAGCAAUCCUUCCUCUUCUACAGCUGUGAAGAGCAAACGCAAAAGACUUCUGAAGGGCUUCCACCAAUCCUAAUCCUAAAUGAAGUAAUGCAGGAGAUAGAACUAAGAGCGGUGACCAUAUCAUGUGAUUGAAGGACAAACCCGUUAAAGACCAUCCAAAAAUCAUCCUUCUUCCACUCCAGCAACGACGUAGCCAAAUAUUAUGACAUUACAGUGUACAGGUACAUGUAUGCUUGUAAGACCCUAUGGCCAUACUGCAGAUGUUGUGAUUUGUCAUUAGCAAGUCCAGUUCUAUGAGUAUACGACAAACUGAGUUGGUUAUAGCAAAAUAUGUAUUGGCGGUAAUAAUUUUGUUUACAGGUAUUAUAUGUAUGUAUGUAUUUAUGUAUGUGUAUGUAUAGAGAUUGUGAAGGGAUAUGGGUGUAGAGCAUAGGAGCAUCUUUCAUGAUUCCUUACGGAUAUUUCAAUGGCUACAAAGACCUCAAUUUUUA